AUGAGCACUACUUCAAGAAACUUCAAUAUGGAUCACUGGUUAAACGUAUGUGGAUGUCAUAUUCUCCAUCCGUUGAUAAAGUGUAUUGUAUUGCAUGUAAACUAUUUGGAACAUCAACAGCUAAGAAAAAUCCUUUAGCUAAAGAUGGAAUAAAUGAUUGGAAACAUAUUUCUAGAAGAAUUUUAUGCCAUGAAACGUCAUCUGAUCAUUUACAAGCGGUUUUAAGAAAAUCUAUGUAUAAUUCAAAUCAACGGGUAGACGUUGGACUGAUUUUAGAAUCAUCUAACGCUUAUGUUGCCGAAAACAGAGAAGUUGUUAAAAUUAUAUUUGAAACUAUAAUUUAUCUUGCUCGGCAAAAUAUACCAUUUCGAGGGCAUGAUGAGAGUUUAACUUCUUUAAAUAAGGGAAAUUUUCUAGAGAUGUUAAAACUAUUGUCAAAACACCAUGCGUUGCUCUCAUGUCAUCUUAGAAAAAUUGAAGAUUCAAAAAACCACAAUCGUCUGACAUUUUUAUCGAAUGUAAGUCAAAAUACAAUGAUUUGUAUUCUUGGUGAGCUGAUUCGUUCAAAAAUUUUAAAAAGUGUUAAAAGUGCUCAAGUAUUUUCUAUUAUGAUAGAUACAACCACGGAUAUAUCCAACUUGGAACAAUUUUCAUUAGUAUUGCGUUUUGUUAAUGAUCAAGGGAUGGUAGAAGAGAGGUUAGUUGCUUUAAAAAUAGCAACUGACUCAACCGGAAAAGGAAUGUUUAACUUAUUUUGUGAUAUUUGUGAAAAAUAUGGCUUGGACUGGAAAAAUCAAUUAUGUGCUCAAUCGUACGAUGGUGCUGCUGUUAUGCAAGGGCAAUACUCAGGACUUAGAACAUUAAUUCAAGAGCACAAUCCUCGAGCAGUAUAUAUAUGGUGCUUUGCUCAUACUCUGAAUUUAACAAUUGUUGACACAUGUGAUUCUUGUACAGAAACUAGAAACUUUUUUGGUUAUAUUCAAUCAUUAAAAGAGUUUAUGGCAGCACGUAAAAGAACAGCAUUAUUUAUGGAACACCAAAAAACAUUAUACCCACAUGAGCGUGCUCAAGUGGUAAUAGAAGUGGUUUUUGAAAAGUACAAAGCCAUUUUGAAUACAUUAGAAGACCUCUCAAAUAUAAGCGACCGAUCAACAGGCUCAUUAGCAACCACUUUAUUCAAAAAUAUUACAUCUUUCUCAUUUGUGUCGAUAAUGUUUUUAACGAAAACAAUUUUUGAGAUUACAACACCAUUAUCUAAAUACCUCCAAUCUCCAGCGAUUGAUUUUAUGCAAGCCUUAGUCAUGGUCGAUUCUGUAAAACAGCAACUAACCAACUUACGAACAACUGAAGGAGCACAUGAAGUAUUACAAAAUGCUAAACAAUUUGCAAUCGAUAAUGAACUUGACGAAACACAACUUCCUGAAAUAAGGCUUAGAAAACGAAAAAGAAUGUUUGAUGAAAUCUCUGAAGAUGAAAUAAUUUCAAAUCCAGUAGAUAAUUUCAAAUCUAAAGUAUAUUUUCUAGUCAUUGAUAAAAUAAUAAUGUCAAUAACAACACGAUUUGAAAAAUCAAACGAUAUUCUUAAAGACUUGUCUUUUUUAACACAUGAUAGAUUAAUGAAUGCCAAUCAAGGAAAACCAUGUCCUGACGAUAUGUUUAAUUCUUUGAAAAUAUGGAUUCCUCAGAUUAAUCAAGAUGCACUACGCAUUGAAUAUACUGUAUUUUCUAAAAGUUUUUUAGAAUUUCAAUCUCAAAUUAACCCAGAUAAAGUUCACAAUUACACUGAUGACAUUAAUUUUAUCAACAAUAAUGAAUAUGAAGAUGAUUCUGAUGAAAAUCAUGAAAAUGAAAGUCAAGACACCAACAUAAACCGUUCUAAGAAAACAACACCACUCCAAUUGCUCCAACUACUUAAUUCAUUUGACUUAAUUACAGCUUUCCCGAAUUUAUACCUUCUAUAUAAACAUUUGUGUACCAUUCCAACAACUUCCGUUUCUUGUGAACGGUCAUUUUCAAAACUCAAACUUAUUAAAACUAGACUCCGGUCAACAAUGGCACAAAGUAGGUUAGAAAGUCUUAUUUUGAUAUCAUGUGAAAAAGAUUUGACCAAUUCUAUUAACAUUGAUGAAGCAAUAGAUAAGUUAGCAUUAACAAGUGAUUUAAUGAAGAAGUCAUUACUUUUUAAAUAA